AGGAGAAGAAGGAGGAAGAGGAGGCGCCCGGGGGUGGCCCCGUCAGCGCGGCGGCAUGGCCGGCCUCAUCAACUUCGAGGACGAGGAGGAGGUGAGGGAUUACCUAGCGAACCUGCACAUCGAAUACAGCUAUCAGUGCUUCAAGGAGAAGGACCCGGAGGGCUGCCAGCGGCUCGCCGACUACCUGGACGCCGUGAAGAAGGACUUCCAGGCGGCGGCGCGGGUGCUGCGCGAAAACUGCGAGGCUCACGGGCACGGCGAAAGCUGCUACAAGCUGGGGGCCUACCAGGCCAUCGGCAAAGGUGGACUCGACCCCGAUUUGAAAGCUGCCUACAACUCCUUUUUGAAGUCAUGUGAGAAAGGUGGGAAGAAGUCAGUAAAUGCCUGUCAUAACGUUGGGCUGUUGGCCCACGAUGGGAGGGUAAAUGAUGAUAAACCUGACCCAGUUGUUGCUAGAGACUAUUACACAAAGGCCUGUGAUGGCAAUUUUGCUCCUAGCUGCUUCAACCUCAGUGUAAUAUAUCUCCAAGGAGCACCUGGGAUCCCUAAGGACAUGAACCGUGCUUUGAAGUACUCACUGAAAGGGUGUGAGCUGGGUCACAUAUGGGCCUGUGCCAAUGCCAGCCGAAUGUACAAACUGGGAGAUGGCAUUGAGAAGAAUGAUGCCAAGGCAGAGGAUUUGAAAAACAGGGCGAAACAGUUGCAUAAAGAACAGAAAGAAGCUUCAAGUUCUUUAACAUUUGGGGAGUAAAACUGUCAGUUGCAGUUACCAAGAAUGCAGUUUUAAAUGGCAAGUGAAUUUGUUAUUUAAAUCAUAUGAGCAUAUGGUUUUCACUCAAUAAAUAUCCUGUAAGUAUUUGCAUAUGCAAAUAAGUUUAUAUUUUUCUGGAUGCAAUAAAUGUGACUAACUCUGUG